UGGGAAUGAUGUAGACACCCCGUUCGGAAGUGGUGCUGGUGCUGUCCCGGAGUCGCUCGGCGACCCCGGCCGACAGAGGUUCGGAGAGCCCCCAGAACUAUUGUCGUUCCCCGCCGAACGUGGCCGGUUCGACCGUGAAUCCCCUUCGACUUCAGCAACGUCCCCCGAGGAUCCUCGAGAGCCCCUGUGAUGCUAAAUCCCUUAUCUCAGACUUGUCAGUAUGGGAGGCAAGUCGAGGUCCUCCGGUGACCGUGAUGCUGAAGAAGGAAGGUCCCGGCCUUGGCUUCAGCCUCGAAGGAGGCAAAGACUCUCCUUAUGGAGAUCGACCGCUGACCAUCAAGAAGAUCUUCUCUGGUGGAGUGGCGGACAAGGAAGGAAGCAUGAAGGUGGGAGAUGAGAUCCUGUCUGUCAAUGGGAAUCCCCUCGUCCACAUGUCUCGCAUCGAGGCGUGGAACUUCCUCAAGCGCCUCACCGACGGCGACGUGAGCCUCGUCGUCCGCAAGAAGCUCGAAGCCCGCGAUCAACUAUCGAUGCAGGCGUCGUCGCAGCAGGCGUGACGUGAGCCUCGAAGGGAUAACAAAAGACACGAGACAUUUUUAUAUGGAGAGAUGUUUUGCUUUUCUUUUUUCCCAUCCAUCUGUGAUGCUCUCCUUUUGCCCAAAUUUUUUUCUUUUACAUACGUUUGCAUUCUUGCGAUAAAAAUGAAUAAAGAAUACGUGAU